AUACAUGCAUAUACAUAUAUAUAUAUGUAUAUUAGUUUUAAUCAUUUUAUUAAAAUUUAAGACACACACAAAAAAAUUAAAAGAGAAUUUUUGAUCUUGAUUUCAUCUUUGAUUUUUUGAUCUGGGAAGAACUCAACUAUAAAACAACAUCAAAUAAUUCAACUAUUUUCAGAUCUGGAAAAGAACUCAACUGUAAAACAAAAAAAAACAAAAUAAAAUAAAAUCAUAAUUUCCCAAAAUUGUAAAAUUUAAUAUUUCCAAAAUUCCGUUCAUAACAAGAGAACCAAUGAUGUUUCAUUCUGGUUCUCCAUAUUCUGAGAUAACAGGAGCUGGAGGUGGAAAUGCAUCUGUAUCAAGUUAUCAUCAACAGGCAGCUGUAGCAGCAGCAGCAAGUGCUCCUGUCUAUGUUCCAUCAAAUCGAGCUUUAACACAUACACAAUAUGGUCAUACUGGACAUUUUGGCUCAACGGCUGGUGCAACAGGUGUUUCAAAUGCUUGGACAGCUGCAGAUACAUUUGGUGCUGCAGCAGCUGCAGCUCAAAUACCUGGUGCUGCUGCACAAUUUUAUGCACAAAAUGCAGUUAUGAUGGGUUCAGCCUGGAGAGCUUAUGAUACAGGAUUUCAAAGGACAACACCAUAUGGUGAUCCGAUGGAUUUUCAAUUUGGUGAAGGACGAGAAUGUGUAAAUUGUGGUGCAAUCAGUACUCCAUUAUGGCGACGAGAUGGUACUGGUCAUUAUUUGUGCAAUGCAUGUGGUUUAUAUCAUAAAAUGAAUGGAAUGAAUAGACCUUUAAUAAAACCCAGCAAAAGAUUGACUGCUACUCGUCGACUUGGUUUAUGUUGUACUAAUUGCGGAACACGUACAACAACAUUAUGGAGACGAAAUAAUGAAGGUGAUCCUGUGUGCAAUGCCUGCGGUCUUUAUUUUAAACUACAUGGCGUAAACAGACCAUUAGCAAUGCGAAAAGAUGGAAUUCAAACGAGGAAAAGAAAACCGAAAAAAUCGUCAAGUGAUUCAAAAGACAAGGAUCUCGAUGAUAUAAAACCAUCAUCACUGUCCUUAUCAAUAGAAAGAAGUUUAUCGGCUUCAACAAAACUCACCACACCUAGUCCUAAACACACACCAUCAUCACUUAUUAGCGGUAGCAGUGUCACAAACCAUCAUUUAAACUCACCAUCAAUGUCACAAUCAAGAACACAAACCGGUUCGUUAAAUAAUAAUAAUAAUAACAACAAUAAUAAUAACAACAACAACAGUAACAAUAACAAUCUUUAUUCAUCGCAUAUACAUACAUCGUCUCCUUUAAUGAUGAAUGGAUCAUCAGGUGCGGGUGGAAAUGGAGGUGGUGGUGGUGGUAAUAAUGGUAAUUCAUCAGUAUAUACAAAUAGUUUAUCAGCAUUAUCAAAUUCAACGAAAUAUGCUGAACAAUUAUUAAAUUCAUCGGUUGCCGCUGCAUCAGUUGGUCUUAGUAAUAGUUUAAGUUCUGGUAGUUCAAAUUCAUCAGUGUCUGCUGCAGCAGGAAGUACAAAUUAUCAUCAUCAUCAUUCACCACAUCAUCAUCAUCAUCAUUUAACACAUCAUGCAGCUGCAGCAGCAGCUGUACAUCAUCAUCAUCAUCAUCACAGUUUAGGCCAUAAUUCAUAUUCCGGUGCAAUUAAAACUGAAUCACCAGUUAAUACAUCAAGUUAUGAUUACGUUAAUAAUUGUUAUUUUGGUAGUUCAUUUGGUGCUUUAAGUGCUGCAACAGCUGCUGCCGGAACUGGUGUUCAUGGUGCAACAGAUUUAGCUGGUUAUCAUCAUCAACAUAAUGUUAUACAAGCAGCUAAAUUAAUGGCAUCAUCAUAAUUUCUAUUUUUAUAAUUUCCAAUACAGUAUGGAAUGAUAAUAUGCAAAGAGAGAUAGAGAGUAGAUAGCUAAUAAUAUUAAGGGAAAUUAAGAUAAAGAAAAGAGAUAGAUAUAUUAUUAUAUAUAUGGUCUCAA